UUCAUUCAUUUUGCAAAAGACCGCAAGCGAGGGUCAACACACAGACCUCUCCACUUACAGGUUCCCAGCUCUUUUCCCUCCCUCCAUCUGCUCUCUCUCUCUCUCUCUCUCUCUCUCUAUCUCUCCCCCCAACCAUGGGUUCAUCAACAGGCGAAAUCAACAAUAAUGGCAGAAAUGGAAACUCCUGCUCACAAUCCAAAUCCUCCUCCACAUGCUCUUGUCCCUCGCCCUUUUCAGGUUCUUCACCAGUCCUCCCAACCCCUCCUGCCAGAAAAUCCAUGGAAGAAGUUUGGAAAGGCAUCAGCUUAGCCUCUCUUAAAGAUCACUCCAGCAACACCCUCUCCUCCACUACCACCACCCAAAACUCUGCCUUUUGUGCUACGAUUCUCCAAGACUUCUUGGCUCGGCCUCUCAACAAAGAGCCACCAACAAGAGGCGCGUCAUCAUCUGGCGCCACCGAGCCUUCAUUGGCCGUGGAGAUCACUUUCUUGGGUUCUCUGGCGCCAACUCCAGAAACUAUUCUGAGCUUGAAUUCCGGUUCUGAUUUUCCAUACCCUGAAAUCCGUACCCCGGUUGGUGUUGGGUCAAACCCACAAUUGCAAAGGCAUGCCGGUUUCACUGCACCUUCUUUUGUUUCUUCCUUUAACUCUCCUUUCGAAUUCUCAUGCUCUUCUUCGGCGUUCCCUUCUUGCUGCAAGAAAAGGGCUCAAGAAAAUGUUGAGGAUUCCAUCGAUCGGAGACAUAAGCGCAUGAUCAAGAACAGAGAAUCAGCCGCUCGUUCUAGAUCAAGGAAACAGGCUUACACGAACGAGUUGGAACUUGAAGUUGCCCGUUUACAGAAAGAGAAUGCUAGGCUCAGAAGAGAGCAAGAGGAGCUCUGCUUGGUGGCAGGCCGUGCUCAGCUUCCAAAAAAACACCGUAUCUAUAGAACCUCAACUGCUCCAUUUUGAGAAGUAAGAAUGCAAAAGCCCUCUUGCUCGCCAAAUUUCUCUCGAAGCGGGGUGGAUGGAUCAGAUGGGGUUUGGUUGCAGUAUCCAUAAAAAAAAAAAAAAAAAGAAUGUGUUUGUUAUUACGUCUCCAUCAGUUGGCUGGAAAAAAAACAAAAGGAUGGAAGAAGGAAAAGCUCCUAAAUUCCCUAAUGGUAUGGUUUUUAUUUUUUAAUUUUUAUUAUAUCCCGUUCCUUGAAUCAUUGUCUUUUUGUCCAGACGUAGCUUUUUCUUGCCCAAUCAGGACAAGUUUGACAAGUGCUCAAUGCUAAGAACCAUUUGCCAUUUUUGCUUGCCUAUAAAAUGACGUGCAUUGUGCAGUA